UGCUAGUUACGUAUAGGGUAUACCGUGAUCGUCGAUAGAACGUGAACUCCGUCUCGGAGUCAGUUGCACUCCGACCGCCGCGGUGGAAUGUCGUCGUAUCCCGGGUCGCAGUCGUCGUCACCCGGGUCGCACGCAAUCACGUCGUCAUUAUCACGGCAGUAGAAUAUCCGCCGCGUCCGUUGUGUUGGUGGUCGCUCUCCGCGUCUCACUCGUUGGGGAUGAGCGAUCGGUGCUCGGGCGAUUCGCGCGAGCGAACGACGAGGUCGAGGGUCGUCGCGUCAGCGUCGGUGUCAGUGUGAGUCGUGUUCGCCGACGGCGGGGGAAUCGGUAGACUCGGCUGAAUACGAGUCAACGUGUUUUGCCAGUUUCUUCUGCCAGUGGCGUGCCGUGGCGUGAAACGGAGUGUGUACAGUUAAAACAGAGUGUCGUAGUCAUGAGUGCGUGACGGUGCGACCGAUCUCUCUCGAGCACCCGCGCGAGUAUUUUCCGGCUACAGGUGUGCGACUACAGGAACGUCGUCCACGAUGGAAGAGCGUCGUCGCGUAGCGUCGCGGUCGGCGAUUCUGUCGACGAUCGUCGUCCUGUGUCUAACGCUGGAUCAUUGUACGGUGCACGGGCGCAGCAUCACGAGUCUCUCGCAGGCGCCGAACGGCUGCGAGUGGAGAAAGGAAGACGACGACGCGGAAAAGGUUCUGGCAUGCCAGGUCAGAACGAUCGCGAACGUGCCCGAUCUAAUUGGAAAUCUUUCAACGAUACAAGUGGACUCCGUAACGUCACUGGGAUUGGAAUGCAGUGACGUAUUAUUUUUCGAAAGUCAGCAAGAAGAUCCGCAAGGCUUCCUGUCGCCGUUGCCGCGUCUCACGAAGCUGCGCGUCGAUUAUUGUAAAAUUCGAAAACUGCCAGGCGGUGCGUUCAUUCCGGUGCACAAUCUUCGCAGUCUGUCCCUGCGAACGCACAAUCAUUGGUUACACAUGGAGCUCCAAGUAGAUCCCGACACACUUCGCGGUCUGACGAAUCUGCAGCAUCUCGAUCUCGCCGACAACAAUAUCUGGACGUUGCCGCAGGAACUGUUCUGCCCCGUGCAGAAUCUCGUGAGUUUGAAUCUGACGCGCAACAAGUUACAGGACAUCAUGUCCCUGGGUUUCGCCAAUUGGGACGAAUCCUGCACGCCGAAUCUCGAAAUUCUCGACAUCAGUAAUAACGACCUCAGUGCCUUGCCCGACGGCGCGCUCAGCAGCUUACGUAGCUUGAGCGUGCUGAAGGUACAGGAUAACUCGAUCGGCUCCGUGGGUGACCACGCUCUGACCGGCCUCACCUCUCUACGAAUUCUGAAUAUGUCUAGCAAUAGACUCGUCGCACUGCCACCAGAACUGUUUUCUAAAACGAGAGAGCUGAGAGAGCUGAUACUUAGCAACAAUUCUCUCACGGUAUUAGCGCCCGGCUUGCUGGACAGUCUCGAGGAGCUUCAGGAGUUAGAUCUCAGCAAUAACGGCUUGACGAGCCCUUGGGUGAAACGGGAUACCUUCUCGCAACUGACCCGUCUUGUCAUACUCGAUCUAUCGUUCAACGCUUUGACGAGAAUCGACGCGUCCGUCUUCAAAGGUCUGAGCAGCCUGCAGAUUCUGAAACUUGAGCAUAACAAUAUCGAUACGCUCGUCGACGGCUGCUUUGCCUCGCUCAUCAACUUGCAUUCCUUAACGCUUUCGCACAAUAGAAUCGCCAGAUUCGAGCCGAUGCACACGAUCGGUCUCAGCGCGCUCGGGCAACUCUUCCUGGACAGCAACAGACUGCGCGUCCUACAUAGGCACGUGUUCACCAAUCUCACGAACCUCCAGGAUCUCUCUUUGAGCGGAAAUUCUCUGACGGAAGUUCCUUACGCGGUUCGCGUGUUACAUUCACUCAAAACUCUCGAUCUAGGUAACAAUCAAAUGUCUAGAAUCGAUAACGACUCGUUUGCCGGUUUGAACGAAGUCUACGGAUUGCGUUUAGUCGACAACAAGUUGGAGAACGUGUCGCGCGAUGCAUUCGCUACUUUGCCAGCGUUACAAGUGCUUAACUUAGCGAAUAAUUUUAUUCGUCAUGUGGAACAGAGCGCUUUCUCGAAUAAUCCGGUAUUACGAGUUAUAAGACUGGACGGAAAUCAAUUGACGGAGAUACGUGGUGCUUUCACGAGUCUCUCGACUCUCGUUUGGCUAAACGUGUCCGAUAACAAGCUGCUGUGGUUCGACUACAGCCACCUACCGUCAAGUAUAGAGUGGCUGGACAUACACUCCAAUCAAAUAAGCGAGCUGGGGAAUUACUACAUGGUGCGCAACAAUCUGCGAAUAAAGAUGCUAGAUGCCAGCUACAACUUCAUCACCGAGAUCAGGGAUAUUAAUGUGCCGGAUAGUGUGGAGAUGCUGUUCCUGAACAACAACAAAAUACGCAGCGUGGCGGCCGGCACAUUUUCGCAGAAGCCGAAUCUGGAGAAGGUGGUGCUCUAUGGCAACGAGAUCAGGAAGCUGGAGAUCGCCGCCCUCGAUCUGCAUCCGAUGCCGAAGAACAAGGAACUUCCAUCAUUUUACAUCGGAGACAAUCCCAUUCUCUGCGACUGUAGCAUGGAGUGGCUGCCGCGAAUCAACGAUGAGAAGCACGACCGGCGCGGUCAGUAUCCGCGUGUCAUGGACCUCGACGCCGUCACGUGCGACAUGGUGCACGCUCGCGCCACGCCGCGGCGUCCUCUGCUGUCCUUGAAGUCGAAGGACUUUCUCUGCCGAUACGAUACGCACUGUUUCGCCCUCUGUCACUGUUGCGACUUCGACGCGUGCGACUGCGAGAUGACCUGUCCCGACAAUUGUUCGUGCUAUCACGAUCAUAGCUGGUCCAGCAACGUCGUCGACUGCUCCAACGCUGGAUACAAACACGUGCCGGAGCGAAUACCCAUGGACGCGACGGAGAUCUAUUUGGACGGUAACGAGCUGGGUGAUCUCAGCAGCCACGUUUUCAUCGGCAAACGUCGCUUGGAGGUGCUGUUUUUAAACAACAGCGGUAUCGUCGCGAUACACAAUCGCACGUUCAAUGGUGUCGGUGCCUUGCGCGUUCUUCAUCUCGAGGACAAUUCGUUGCGGGAGCUGCGGGGCUUCGAAUUCGAUCAGUUGGAGCGCAUGUCGGAGCUGUAUCUGGAUCAUAACGCGAUCGCCACCGUGGGCAAUACGACUUUCAAGAAGAUGCGAAAUCUCGAAGUGCUACGACUGGACAGCAAUCGCAUCGUCGACUUCCGACCGUGGGAAGCUUUGCCGAGCGUCGGUGACGGCACCAAGGUCGCGCUGGAGGGCAACGCGUGGAGCUGCGAGUGCGCGAACGCUGCCAAACUGCGCGCCUGGCUCGCGGAGCAUCGCGGUGAUCCGGAGAAGAUGUACUGCCGCGACGGCAUCGAGACUCUCGCCCAGGCAAUGGAGCGAUGCGGCGAUCCGUCCACGGAAGCCGAGAGACGCGGUAUUCAGGAAAUCCCGCUGCUGGGCAGUAACUUUGUGCCCCUGCUCGCCGGCGCUUUGGUGGCCGUGAUCGCCAUCUGCCUCUUCGUCGCCCUCGCCUUCGUCUUCCGUCAGGACGUGCGGCUCUGGGCCCACGCGCGUUACGGGCUGCGACUCGGCAAAAUGGCGGCACCGCCUGACGAGGAGAGAGAUAGACUGUACGACGGUUAUAUUAUCUACAGCGAACGCGACGAGGACUUUGUCUCCAGAUUCCUCGCGGCUGAAUUGGAGCAAGCCGGCUUGGCUCUCUGUUUACAUUGGCGCGACUUGCCGCCGGCCAGACCGCAGGAGGCGUUACCACCGGCCGCGGCCUCCGCCAGACGCAUCGUGAUAAUCUUCUCGCCGGUCUUCCUCGCGAACGAGUGGCAGCACGUGGAGUUUCGCGCCGCUUUGAGAACGGCGCUGGAGAACAUCAGACCGACUUCGCGAAAGCGUCGCGUGGUAGUGCUGCUCGCUACCGAGACACCUACCCGAGAUCCGGAGUUGCAGCUGUUGCUGCAGACGUGCACAGUGGUGAUCUGGGGCGAGAAGAGGUUUUGGGAGAAGCUGAGGUUCGCCAUGCCGGACUCGGUCGACAAGCGACGCGACAGCAAGAAGGUCAACGACCGCAAUCGCACGCCGACGCGGUACACCGCGGCGCCGUCCGCCGCCGUGGACGUGUGGACCAAGCCUAAUGGCGUUUUGGUCGCACCGGUGCACCACGCACCCACGCCGACACCCACGCAGUCUACCUACGUCAGUUCGGCGUCCAGUCGUACCGAGGACGAGGACAGCGGCGCGGAGCAUCAGCAUCAGCAUCCGCAUCAUCAACAUCAUCAGCUUCAUCCGCAUCAGCACGGCUACAGUGCGCUGCAUGCCGGUAACGGCCGUCCGGCCAGUCUGUCCUCGCGGGGCAGCCAUCUCUACAGCACCAUACCGGAACCGCCGGUGGUGCCGACCGCGCCACCCGGGGAGGCCCUCGCUCCCGCGCAUCCAGGCAAUCCGCGUACUUACUUCGUCUAGCGCAGAAGGGCGGCGAUCGUGCUCCGAUCCGGCAGGAGAUAGACCGACGCACAUACGCAUACACUUCCCACCUUUUUCUUCCGGUCUUCGUCUCGCUUCCGGUACCCGCUGGGGGGCACGGUCGUCCGGCCGUAUCGCGACGUUUCUCGUUGGGAGAGAGAUCGAGAUGUAAAAAAUUCCUCCGCUUCAGGAUAGCUGUGGCUACAACACACUUGUACAGUAUUCCCAGUACUCGCGACGUAUCGACCGUACGUCACCCCGACUGAGGCGCUUUAACUCUUCCACUUGCGGGGUCGAUCGCCCCGAACGAAUCACACUCGGUCGCGAACAGAUGAUCCGUUCGCAACACGCGCGCAUAAUAUUAUAUACGUACGAAAUCGAUUCGAUGCCUUGUGCUUAUUACCACAAUGUACGAUGGAAUAGAUUUAACGGCUUUGACUUUUCUUUCUCUCGAACUUAGGAUACGCGAGACGCGCGCGCGCGAGAUCGUCGCUGUUCGUUUCUUUCUCGGUAUCUCUUUUUCACGUCGUUGCGCAAUGUUCUUCCAAAUCACGACCAAAUACUUACCGUUUCGAAACGUUCACGGAACGCGGAGUUCCAAGGACCGCUUUCCCCACGUAUACAUCUUGUAAAUAAUGACGCGGUAUCGGUGAGAAUCUAGAUUUUUUGCGCUUUGAGUUAGCGAGCGAGACGUCGCGUGAAAUGUAAUUAAGGAUCGACAUUAAUUUACCUGUGUACAUACGUAUAUCCGCGCUCUCUCUAAUUUCUCGCGAAUCUCCUUUGCGCGUCUCUAUGUCGACUCAUUUAUUCGCCACGCGAAAUCAUGAUAAAUCAUCGUGACCCGAAACUGGGUCGCGAUCAAAAGCAACUGUGCGAAUUUUACCGAUUGUUUCAUUACGAUGGAUAGGUCUCCAAUUUAAAUGUUUUGUCAUCUGAUCCCUUUCACAUACGAAUCCUUUGAUUUAGAGUCGUCCCGUUUCGAUUUGCAUUAAUUGUCAUAACUGUCAGUAAAUUCGCCAAUAUUUGUGGUUUGGAUACGAUGAACGCGGUGAAUAAUGAUAAUAAUGGCAAUAGUUAAAUGUAGUACAGGGACUGAUGUUAUGACGCACAACGCGGAUCACUUUGUGAAUAUUAAUUAAAUCGUGUCGCUAAUUUUUGUUUCUAACAUCAUUCACGUCAGACCGCAUACGCGGAACAAUCGUAAUAAUAUUUGUAACGGUAUUAGGAACAAAAAAAAGGUACAAGAGAGAAUGUAAAGUGUUCUUUAUAAAUAUUUAUUUUAAAUACGCUUGGACAAAUGCAUUUAUUUUAUAUCGUACACGGUGAUACUUUAUUUUAUUAGUAAUAUAACCGUAUUAUGCAUCUGACAACUUAAUUGCGAAUAUUUAUAUAUACAUAUACAUAUAUAUAUUAUACAUAUAUUUUUUUCGAUGCUCGAAAUAACGUUGCACGAGGGAAAUAAAGUGAUAUGUACAUAUACGUACAAAUACUGUACGAUCGCUUUUUUUUUGGUUCAUCCGUUUGGAAUAGGCAUCGAAAUGACGACGAAAUCAUUUUCACGUAGUAGAUUUUCAACUAUUAAUUUUAAAUACGUGUGAAAUUUUUUUCAAGUAUUCAUAAAUGAUUUUUGAUGAGGCGAGCUAAAAUGUAGAUACAUUACGAAUAUAUUUUUCCUUUCGACUCGAGAAAUCUUAAGAUAAAGUUCCUCGCGCAUCUGACACUUCUUUGGGACCCGAGGCGCAUCCCUCUUUGCCAUUCCUGUCGUUUGUUCGUCAAUCACUCGCGAUGAAGUGGAUAACGAAUCAUCAAGUGUUAAAUGACAGAAAGAAAAGACAGACGUCUCGCGAGAGCUUGUUCCUAAAGAUUCACGACUGUCUUGGUGAAGUAACGGUCGCAUAACGCUUAUUAGUCCGUAAGUGAAACUCUCUGUACAUAUUGUAUCUAAUUUUGUAAAUACAAUCAUGCACAUUUCCGAGCACACCGAAGACCAGCGCAGCUGGAAACGUUACUGGUCGUGGAUUCGUCUUAACUAUAAUUGCGCGUUUAGGACUGUAUAAUUCUAAUUGUAUUGUAUUAUUGUAAAUACGCUCAUCGAAUCACGCAUUAUAUAUUCACAGUCUGUUAAAUACGUAUUAAAUUAAUUGCCACUUUCCAUUUCAGCAAAGAAUCAUGAAAAUAAACACGUUUGUUUUA